ACAAAAUGGACCUUUUACUAGAACGGCUCGUCUCGAUUUGCUCCGUGUACGAUGAGCUCCCGCAUUCAUUUGACGACACACUAAUCGAUAAACUCGUCGAUAGCAUUCAGUUUGAAGAGACAAGCCUCACAGUGGUUCGGAAUUUCGUUCGGAGCAUCGAUUUCGAGAGUAAAUGCAUUCCGAUUCAGAUGGUCAUUCGGUUGCUCGACGAGGCGAUGACCAAGCAUAAAUUACACGACGACGACCUUGUGCUCGAAUUUAUUCAAGGAAGUGAAGCUCUUCUUCCCCAAUCCCGUCCACUGAAGCUUCUGGAUGAUCUUUUCAAGCUCUAUGUCAAUCCAGAUGUCUUUGCGAUUCGAAAGCCUGAAGCAUGGCUGUCCGUAAUCCGCUGGGCUAUCAACGAGAUUGACCAGGAACACACAUCCGUAUUCCUCCGCCGUCGAUAUUCUGACUUCAUCUGUCAAGUACCUUCCACAGAAGCUCGCCGGCUCCUUAUCAUCUCUGGAGCAGUGGAAAUAUUCGCGAGAAGAAGCCGCGCGAGCCCAUCUUCGUGUAUUGCCGAUGCGGCGACACAGAUCCUCAGCAGAUAUGCUAUGGAUUUGGCAGCCGAGGAAUGUAUCACUUAUGUGGAGAGUUUGAGAAAUUCGCCGAGGCAAGGCGAGAGGUCGCUGAAGCUUCUUGUCAAGUUGAAGGAAAUCCACUCAAAUCUGACAAUUCCGCUGACACCUGGCUCAUGGUCGAACGAGUCGAAUCGCGUUGACGUCAUCAGUCUCCUACUCGCCCUGAAUCCCAAUCCAUGUGACGGAAUCGAAGCCUACCGUGAUAAUGAUCAUCUGAUUGAGAAUGUGGAUCAACUAAUCGAUAUGCUUCUCUAUUCGCCAGCCGUCAAAAUUUAUCAUAAGACGAAGAUUCUGCAUCGGAUGAAUGAACGACAUUUUAAGACGUUUUUCGAGCAGUUGAUCGUUGAUGUUAAGAUUGAGAGCAAGAUUACUAUUGGGGAGGUGACGGGUCUUUUGAGCAGCUUGGCUCCCCGUGCAUCCCACCAACAAAUGGCACAACUCUUCGAAUCGCUUGGUGGCCGAGUUCUCGAGUCUCGUUCUCUGCUCCAAGAGCUCUUCCGAAUUUACGGCCCGGAUGUUUUCGAGUUUCCCGAGUUCAGCGACUUCAAAAAUCGCCUCCGCACACUUUUGACGAACAUGAUCAGAACGUCGAUGCUGGAAUCAGCUUGGGAACAGACUGAUACUGCACUGGAAAUUGCAUACAUUUUCCCGUGCUUUUUGCCGGAAAAUGAAGACAUCCAAGCCCUAUCACAAAACAACCGUAACUCCCCAUACGUGAUGUGCUCGGUGCUGAAACUAAUGCGUGAUCAUUACGGAGGAAUCCCGGAAGAUCUCAUUCGACACUUCCUUCUCGAAUCGGCCGAUCCUGCUCCAAAACUGAUUUGCAUGAAGUACCUAAGCAACCCGGACUUUUUCGAUUCGCUGUCUGCAGAGGAGCUGGAGAAAUAUCUCGACGCUGGGCUGUCCGAUGAUGGAAUGGAGAUGCGACAGGAGGCGAUAAAGCUCGCAGAAAAAGCUCUCGGAAAGGCUCAGCUCAAGGAUCGGGUGAUCGAUGUGAUCACAGAGUAUAAAAAUGAUCGCUGGCUGAGUCGCUAUGUCCGACGUCUCCUUUGCGAAGAGCUCGCACCGCAGCCGGAAAACGAGUCGAUUCUAAUUCUCCGUCAAAUGCUCUCAUCCCUGAAUGUCCAUGCGAAUGAGGACGAAGUCAAGGACUGUUAUUAAAAUUAUUUCUAUUUAUCAAUUGCUUAUCACUUAUUACUGUCUUCAUAAUCUCAAUAUCCCGGGUGCUUUUAUCGGUUAUCUAGGUAUCACUAUGUGCAGAAUCCCCAAACUAUUUCCAAUUAAUUCCCCCAAACUUCCUUAGAAAUGUUCCCAAUUUUCCUCCUUGAAAUUGAAAUCAAUCAAAUCCAAUGAAAACAAUAGUCAAUUACACCAUCUUCCCCGCUUUGGGACUUUUUUUUCAUCCUGGAAGGUCACAAAACCACCUCUCCCUCUUUAUAUAAAUGAUUACUCUUUUCUG